AUUAAAUAAUUUUAAUUUAUUCAUUGAAUGUCUCUCUCUGUAUCGUCUUUGUUCUUUCUGUUCUGCUUCCUCCACCACAUUCCUUCUUAUUCCCCUGGCACAUUCAUUUCCCUCCUGAAGCCUACCUUUCCAUUUCUGCACACCAAGAAAUUAUCCCCUACCAAACCUGACCUUUCUACCCGUCUAUCUGGAUUGGCUCUGUAAAUCUCUGUCCUACAGAGACAAUUGAUUAAGAGUUCUUCAGAGGGAUAUAAAAAGGGCCUUUUUUUCCUUGUCCCUCUUCUGGGUUUCCCCUGUUUUUCUCCUUUGUUUCUUCUUUUAGUUCUUUCUCCCCGUUUUCCCGGAGCCGUUGAAUUUGUGAAGUUGGGAGCUUUAUUGAUUUUCUGCACAUAUUUCAUUUCUUCCCGUCCUUUGCUUUACUGGGUUUCGGCGUCUGUGGCCUCUAGUUAUCUUGAUCUUCCUUGGGCAGCUGGGGGUGUUUUGAUUAGAAUAGAAUAGGAGUAAAAAACCCAACUUGUGAUUUCUCCUAUGGUCUGCCUUUGAUUGCUUGUCUUUGCUGACUCCGUAGAUCUGAAGAAAAAAGUUGCAAUCGGGAAAUGGGAAAGCCAACGGGGAAGAAGACUGCUCCUCAAUCCCCCAGGACGCCCAGAGGCGAUAGCAGCAGCAACAACGUUAAGCAGCUGCCCAAGAGCUCAUCUGACAAGUCUUCCAAGGCCUUUGACGAGGACACAACAAUCUUCAUCAACAUGGCACUGGAGCUCAAAGAAGAAGGCAACAGGCUGUUCCAGAAGCGUGACCAUGAAGGGGCCAUGUUGAAGUAUGAAAAGUCCGUCAAGCUACUUCCCAAGAACCAUAUUGACGUUGCUUAUCUGCGCACCAACAUGGCCGCUUGCUAUAUGCAGAUGGGUCUUGGUGAGUAUCCUCGUGCUAUUAACGAGUGUAAUUUGGCUUUGGAGGUUUCUCCCAAAUACAGUAAGGCCUUAUUGAAGAGAGCUAGAUGUUAUGAGGCCUUGAAUCGAUUGGAUUUGGCUCGGAGAGAUGUUAAGCAUGUUUUGACCAUGGAACCCAAUAACUCUGCUGCCUUGGAGAUUCUCGAAAGUAUUAAACAGGCUAUGGCUGAUAAGGGCAUUAGCUUUGAUGAACAGUCCAUUGCUGCUGAGGAGGCAGAGAAGGUUGUUGGUGCCUCUCGUUUGCGCAAAGUUGUGAAAGAGAAGAUAAAGAAGAAGAAGAAGGGUGAUAAAGUAGAGGAGAAGAAGGCAGAUGAGAAAGAGAAGGUUGUUGUGGAGGAGAAGAAAGUGACUCCUGUGAUUAAGACGAAAGAAGUGAUUGUGAAGACUGUUCAGGCGGAGAGACUGGUGAAUAAAGAGGUUAAGGAAGAAGAGAAGCCAAUUUCCAAGUCCGUGAAGUUGGUCUUAGGAGAAGAUAUAAGGUGGGCACAGUUGCCUGCGAAUUGUACUGUUGGGUUGCUAAGGGAUAUAGUUCGAGACAGGUUUCCUGGCUUGAGAGGUGUUCUUGUGAAGUAUAGGGACCAAGAGGGUGAUUUGGUUACUAUUACUUCCACGGAUGAGCUGAGGUUAGCAGAAUCAUCUAUUGGCUCACAAGGAUCUCUCAAGUUCUAUGUUGUUGAGGUCAGCCUGGAUCUAGAGCCAGCUUAUGAGCGAACAAAGACAGAUGAGAAUGCAAAUGUUAGCAGUCAGGAACAAACUCUUGUUGCUCCUGAGAAUGGGAAUGGUGGGGUAGGAAGCAAUGAGCCUCAAAUCGAGUCUGCUUCCAUCGAUGAUUGGAUUAUCCAGUUUGCACGAUUGUUCAAGAACCAUGUUGGUUUUGAUUCUGAUAAUUAUCUGGAUAUUCAUGAACUGGGGAUGAAGCUAUACUCAGAGGCAAUGGAGGAUACUGUAACAAGUGAAGAAGCCCAGGAGCUGUUUGAUAUUGCUGUUGACAAAUUUCAAGAGAUGGCAGCAUUGGCCUUAUUCAAUUGGGGGAAUGUUCACAUGUCAAGAGCUAGGAAGCGGGUCUUUUUCCCUGAAGAUGGUUCCAGGGAGACAUUACUGGAACUAGUUAAGAGUGCCUAUGAAUGGGGGAAGACUGAAUACGUGAAGGCCGGAGAGAGAUACCAUGAGGCCCUUAAAUUAAAACCAGACUUCUAUGAAAGUCUUCUGGCACUUGGUCAGCAGCAGUUUGAGCAAGCAAAGCUUUGUUGGUAUCAUGCUAUUGGUAGCAAGAUCGAUUUGGAGAAUGGGCCUUCUGAAGAGGUGCUAGACCUGUACAACAAGGCUGAAGACUGCAUGGAAAGAGGUAUGCAGAUGUGGGAGGAGAUUGGGGAGCAACGCCAAAAUGGAAUCUCCAAAUUUGACAAGUAUAAAUGUCAGCUAGAGAAAUUGGGGCUGGAUAAUCUAUUGAAAGAGCUAUCACCUGAAGAAGCUGCAGAGCAGGCGGCAAACAUGAGCUCCCAGAUAAACCUCUUAUGGGGUACUAUGUUGUAUGAGCGUUCUGUUGUGGAGUAUAGGCUAGAGCUGCCAACUUGGGAAGAAUGUCUGGAGGUUGCCGUUGAAAAGUUUGAACUUGCUGGAGCUUCUCCAACAGAUAUAGCAGUUAUGAUAAAGAAUCACUGUUCCAAUGUAACAGCUUUUGAUGGUUUGAGCUUCAAAAUUGAUGAGAUAGUACAAGCAUGGAAUGAAAUGUAUGAUGCUAAGAGGUGGGAAAUUGGUGUUCCAUCUUUUAGGUUGGAGCCAUUGUUUCGUCGUCGGGCUCCAAAGCUUCACUAUAUGUUGGAGUCAUUUUGAUACUUUAUGUGUAGUUGGGCAUUCUUGGAGUGUUGUUAUACAGAUUCUUCAGAUUUUUUGGUGGUUCAUCUUGCAAAAGGAUUACACGUUGCUGCCAGUCAAAUACAGGUAAGCAUUCAUCUGCUCAUCUAGUAGCUUUGACCUAUUGGAUUCCGGCCAUGCCACACCCUGUUCCUUUGCUUUCUAGCUGUCCUGGAAAAACUAAUUUUAGAGUUGCGAGCAAAGGUACUGAGCUAGAGUUUAGCCGGAAUUAUGUGCUUGUAUUAGUUCCAUCAAUAUCCAAAAUGAGGAUGCUCUGAUAGAAAUCUGAUAUCAGUCGAUGAACAUGCUAACUAGUAGGGUUGCCUAGUUUAUGUAUUUGAUUGCUUGAGCAUAAAAUAUGACUUCAGAAUAUGCAAACUGGUUGCGGUUGAAACAUCUUAGGUGAAGAACUCAACUAUGAACAAACAGAGAUUUUGGUGAUGAAGUACUAAUCUAUCCACUGAAGAAAAGCUGUGUUUGUUGCUGCCUUCUGAAGGGAAAUGGGUCCAAGUUAACUUUGUUGUACACCUGAUUGAUGAUAAGUUCCACUUGAUACUGGGUUGCGUUGAGAACUGUUACACGGGCCACAGGCUUUGAGUUUUUCUAGAUUUAGAACUUUCGUCCCGCACUACUCUUCUCAUUGGUGCUUUGUUGAGUCGACAUUUGGUUAUGCAUGCAUAAACAGCUUUCCGUGGUUUUCAUCCGACUUCUAACCUAGUAAUAUCCAUUUCUGCCCUAAUAGCAUUAUCCCAUUUAUCUGUCAACAUGGACACUACUAUCUCUGGAUGGUUUUUGAGGCAUGGCUAUCAACCCUUUUGCAGGACAGUAGAUAAAAUGAAAACAAAAACAUUAGUCAGGUCUUUUUUUUUUAUUAUUGGAUUUGGAACUUGGGUAAGUUUCGCACUAUUGUUUGCUCGUGGAGAGCGAAUGAUGGGUGGAGACUGGAGAGUUUGGUGUUGUGGGUUUUGGAAAGUUUUGAGCUUUGGCUCUCCAUUUUUGGAUUUGGGUUGUGAAGAAUCAGCUCAUGUUGAUCACGUUUACUUCCAUUUUUCGGUUGCUUUUGUUGUGGUUGCCUUUCUUUUUGGAGGGGUUAUAGUGCAAGUGGUGUAAGUUAAGGGGUGGAAAAAAUAGAAAGGGUAUAUGCUGUGAUUUGUUCAACUGAGAAACAAUAAAGAGUGGUGGCAAAGGGCAAAAUUCGAUUGCCAUUUGGUAUUUGUGAUAUAUGUGGGGUUUGAUGCGUGUGAUAUAUAUGGUUCAGAUCAAUAUCUAAUAACAUAACCAUUUGAGCAACAACA